GUUUCUGUAGUCAUUGAUAUUAUCAUUAAAGAUAUAAAACAAUUCUUUUACAUUAAUGUUAUUAAAAACAGAAAGUAAAAACAUGUAUGAUAAUUGAAAUUCAUUACUUUUUAAGCACAUGUAUUUCAGAAUUUUAAUCAUUAGUUGAUAUUCAAAAAUUUAAUAUCUCUAGCGUGCAUUUAACUUAAUACAAAAUAGUAAAAAUGUUAGCGGGAUGGUUGAAUAGUCUUCGAGUGGCGAACAAUCAUAAUAUUGGAAACAAUGUAUAUUCCCGUAUAUUUGUACAAACACGAGAUUAUGCUGCGAGGAAAGGUACAAGAGAAAAAGCUAAACAGAAAAAAAUUAAAAAGGCAAUUGAGAAAAUAGGAUAUGUUCCACCUGAGCAACUUAAAAAACAGAAAGUAAAAGCAAAAGUUUCUCCAUUAUCUUUAAUAGAUGAUAGUCAGAAAAAAUCAACAACUGAUGAUGUGUACGUAAUGAAGUUUCAUCCACAACCAAUAUAUUCUUUAAAAGAGGCUAUAGAAUUUCAUCGUGAAACGCAUCAUCCAACUAUGUUUAAUGAACCUAAUGCAGAUGUAAAUGCAUUUAUUGAAUUAAAUAUGAAGUUCGCGAAGAGAAAUAAAUAUAUUGAUAAAUUCUCAAAUGUAGUUGAAACACCGCAUCCAUUUAAAUCUGGCGAUAGUGGGUUCAAAAUUUUAGCUUUAUCUAAGGAUAUUGAACAGCAGGAACUUGCUGAGAAAGCUGGAGCUGCAAUUGUUGGUGGUGCUGAAAUAAUAAAGCAAAUUCAAGCUGGCAGAUUCGAGUUUCAGGAGUAUGACUAUAUAGUAGCUCAUGUAGAUAUUUUGACUGAGUUACUGUUAGUUAGGGGUUUAUUAAAAAGAAAGUUUCCAAAUACGAAAGUAGGUAACUUAGGCAAUGACAUGCAUAAACUAGUUAUGAAGUUUAAGAAUGCCACCAGGUAUUCGGCAAUACCAGAUGUAGAUCACAAAGAUUAUGGUCAAAUUAAUGUGCCCUUUGGCAAGCUUAACAUGGAUACAACACAUCUUGAUGAAAACCUUGCUGCUAUUAUUACUAAUGUUUACUCUGUAGGAUCUAAAUAUCAAGAGUCUUUUAUAGCAAGAGUUCAAGUUUCGAGCUUACCAUCAACCGAAUAUUUUAAAAUCGACAUUAGUGGAUACCUUCCAAAGAAAACUGAAGAACCGGUAGAAGAACCAGACGAUAAUGUAAUUUUAGAGUCACAUUAAAUAUUGAAUAAUAAAUAAAAUGUUACAUAA